AUGUCUUCUCAUACAACAAUAACUACCGAUAGAGAAACUAAAGAGAUUUCUCAUGCAGAUCUUAAACCAUUAUUUGAAACAGCGGAUAUUCUAUUGGGUGGGAUACAAUCGUUAAAUGAUGACAUUCAACAUGUUAGUUCAGAGUUACUUCACCAUGAAAAUUCAAUACGAUACUUGUCCGAUGGCUUAUCAAAAAUGAAAAUCGCUAUCGAAGAAACACAUUCAUCAAUAGAUGCUCAAACAGUCAAUCAACAAAUAUUUGAAGAAAGUAUCAAUUCACUUCAACAACAGCUUGAUGAUUUGAAGAAUAUUUCCACUGAUGGCACACUGAUAUGGAGAAUUGCAAAUGUUCAAAAGAAAAUGAUUGAUGCUGAGUGUGAACGGCAGACAUCUAUUUAUUCUCCUGUAUUCUAUUCAUCACCGAAUGGUUAUAAGAUGCGACUUCGUCUAUAUUUGGCCGGAGAUGGUAAUGCUCGACGCACUCAUAUGUCUCUUUUCUUUGUACUGAUGCGUGGGGAAUAUGAUUCGGUACUUCAAUUUCCUUUCAGUUACAAAGUGACAUUUUGUCUCUUUGAUCAAACUUCUCAACAACAACAUAUUAUCGAUUCAUUUCGACCUGAUGUGAAAUCAAGCAGUUUUCAAAGGCCUCGUUCAGAUAUGAAUAUCGCUUCUGGUAUACCUAAAUUUGUGCCUUUAACAAUGAUACAACAGGAUAGCAAUCUCUAUGUUCGUGAUGAUAUUAUGUUUAUCAAAGCUAUAGUGGACUUUGAUGAGUUGCCAAAGUCAUUGGUACCAUAUAAAUUAAGUCUUAAUCCUGGUUUACCAAUUCUAAUUCAGCAAGAAUGGAUCAGACGUGAAUCUGAAAAACGAGCACAAGAAAAAUUAGUAAAUACAACUGAAACAUCUACAUGCAGCAACCAGAAUGUCAGAACUGAGGUGAACGACAACCAUGAUGAACAGAUAAUGCAAUGA